GUCAAGGGCCUUGAGGAACGGAUCUCAAACUAUGCCUCCCAAAGUCAUGACAAUGGAUGACCUGCCACCUCAAACAGUGCGAAACUACUUCCCAGAAUCCUGGUUUUUUGAAAAGAAGAAGUUGCCACAGGACGGAUUUAUGGAGGUCAGCUUGACACUGCCAGACUCCAUCACCACAUGGUCCUUCAUGGCAGUCGGGAUAUCCUCCACCCGAGGGAUCUGUGUCUCUGAGCCCCUGGAGCAGCCAGUUCGUAAGCUGUUCUUUACAGACGUCCGGCUACCAUAUAAGGUCACACGUCUGGAGGAGGUCAAGGUCAAGAUAGCAGUCUACAAUUACCACAGUUAUGCUGCUGAGGUGAUUCCGUUACGUAAUGGAGACCUGAACAUGACAGUGGAUGUCCAAAGUCAGAAUGAGAGGGAUAUAGUCCAGAGGCAGCUACACGUGGUUGCUGAAGGUCUGCUGGUGAGAAAAUCUCUCAAGUUUGUGCUGGACCCAGAAGCUAAGCACGCCACCUUCAGGCCAUCCAGGAAAAACAAGACAAUCCUACAUGAAUCAUCAACAAUUAAAAAUGUGUUUGACCUCAAGAACAAGGAGCAACACACGACUAUUGACCUUGCCCUUCCCACAAAUGUCAUCCGAGGAACCGAAUCCUGCCGCAUCUUAGCCUUCGGUGACCUCAUGGGUGACAUCAUCACUCACGCUGUGGUAGAGUCCAGGAACCUCAUCGAUACACCCCUACUGGAUGCAGAAGAGGUGCUGGGCGACCUUGCCCCAACCAUCCACGCCUUGCUGUCAGUACAGGCACUUGGUCUGAUGGAUGAGAAUUUGAAGGAGAGAGGAAAGAAUUUUGUACGAAAUGGAGUUACUAGAGUGACAAAUUACAGAAAUGAUGAUCACAGUUUUUCAUUAACAUCUGGAUUCAAACCAAGCACCUGGUUGACAGCGUUUGUGCUGAAGACUUUGUGCCAUGGAAGUUCCCUGGCUUUCAUUGACAAACAGCUGAUUUCUGCGGGGUUUAACUGGUUGUUUCAUCAGAUCAAAAAUGAUGGCUCGCUGAAAGAACAAGAUAGGAGAAUAGCUAAGCACGUCACAGAACACGACCUGAUGCUCAGUGCUGAAGUUCUUAUUGCCAUCAUGGAAUGUCAGAAUUAUAACCAGGUACAGUGUCCUUCACUCUGUGUAUGUUCUCACCUGAGCCAUCAGACUCAAGUGUCCAUCUACCUGAAGACUAACCUCCAGCGGAUCAGAGACCCAAUGGUCCUGGCCAAAGUGACCUAUGCCCUGAUGUUGUUUGAUCCAGAGUCAGACACGUUUCUGCAGGCUGCCCACCAGCUCAACAAUCACAAGAGGAAGAACAGGCAAGGCCAUAUCUACUGGUCUAAGAUUGAAGAGACAAACGAAGCCAAAAACAUUCCAUUGUGGUAUUGCCAGGUGGCACAUUCAACAGCCAUCGAAGCCACAGCCUAUGCCCUACUAGUCUUCCUAAGACAUGGAAGCACCAACACCGACGCCAUUGCUGACUGGCUAGUUGGCCAGAGAAAUUGUAAUGGUGCUUUCAUUGGAGCCAUGGACACCUCAGUGGCCAUCCAAGCUCUAUCCAUGUACAGCUUACAGAAGCACUACAAGGAUUUGAACCUGCACUGUAACAUCACAUCCAAGGUGUUAAAGGAAUAUUUUUACUCUUUUAAAUUUACGGAAGAGAAUGCCCUUCUUGGCAAGUCUGUGAACAAUGUUCCGAUUGGUCAGGUGCUAGAUGUAAACAUCAAAGGUCAAGGUUUGGGUCAAAUGCAGGUCAAUGUGGAGUACAACAUCCCGAUUGACAAGAACAAGAACUGCCAGUUUAAGGUCACGGUCAAUGUCAAGAAGACGAAGGUAGAAUGGUCACCAGACAUACUCAG